AUGAAUUGUUUCUUGUUGCCGUCAACCGUGUGUAAAGAGUUGGAAGUGAUUUUAGCCCGAUUUUGGUGGCAAAAGAAGACUGGGAGGAGAGGCCUUCAUUGGUGUGCAUGGAAAGAGUUGUCUGUGCCAAAAGAGGAGGGUGGAAUGGGGUUCUGUGAUUUGUCAAAAUUCAAUAUUGCUCUUCUAGCGAAACAGGGAUGGCGGAUUAUGAAAAAUCCGAGUUCUCUAAUUGUGCGUGUCCUUAGAGCAAAGUAUUUUAAUGGAUCUAAUUUCUUGGAGGCUGCGUUAAGGACAAAUCCAUUGCUUAGGAUUGGAGCUAGAUCAUCGGUGCCAAUUUGGAAAGAUUAUUGGUUGCCCGGGAAUGAUCAAAGGCUUAUUACUAUUGAAAAGGUGGCUGGAAUGGAAUGGGUGUCUGACUUAAUUCUACAGAAUCCUAACCGUUGGAAUAGAGAUAUCAUUUAUUCGAUUUUUACGAAAGAAGAAGUGGAUCAAAUUGUGAGUAUUCCUAUUCCUACUACUAAUCAAUCUGAUAAAGUAGUUUGGUUUAAGGAAAAUUCAGGCAUUUACUCAGUGAAAAGUGGGUAUAAAUUACUUUUGGAUCCUCCAAGUGUAAAUGUCAAUGAGUAA